GUGAGUGCGAGUGCGAGGUCGAGGACACGCCGCGCUAGCCCGCCGCGCCGCGCCGCCCGGCCUGCUAGGUCCGCUAGGGCCGCUAGGGCCAACAACCCGAUACUUUACUUGCGUUCCGUAACUAGAUACCAACAAGUACUUCGACUUAUCUUUGACCGCGACCGCGAGCACGAUGUUUGUCCGCGAGCCGGCCAGUACCGGCAGCUAGCCGCACCUAGCCGCAGCUAGCCGUAGCAGUAGCGAGUAAGGCGGGCGGUGUAGCGGUGUAGCGGCGCGCGGGGGAGGCUGACCGCGAUGACGCUCGAGGCGUACAUGCAUAUGUCAAACUCUUCAGGGAGCAGUAUCAACUCGCCGCUGGGUCCGGCCUCGUGCGGUAUGGCGGCCAACCCGUACGCGGUGCCGUUGUACGGCGGCGCGCCUGUGCAGGGCUAUGGCUGCGCCCCAGCUGACCUGCCGCACUACGGGGACAUGCGCGGCGCAAGCUGGUAUCCCGCAUCCAACGACCCCAGGUUUGCCAUUUCCAGGCUGAUGACAUCGACGUCGGGAGGUAUGGGCCACGUCAAUAAUAUGGGCGGGCUGGCGGCGUGCGCCGGACCAGACGCCAAACCGAUGCAGUUCCCGCUCGCGCAGCGUAGGAAACGGAGAGUGCUGUUCACGCAGGCUCAGGUAUACGAGCUGGAGCGGCGGUUCAAGCAGCAGAAGUACCUGUCAGCGCCGGAACGCGAGCACCUCGCCUCACUUAUACACCUCACACCAACACAGGUUAAAAUUUGGUUCCAGAACCAUCGCUACAAGUGCAAACGACAGGCCAAAGAGAAAGCGAUGGCGGAACAAAAUCAACACAAUCAGUCAUCAUCGUCACCGCGGCGGGUGGCGGUGCCGGUGCUGGUGAAGGACGGCAAGCCGUGCGGCUCCGGGGAGUCCUCGUCGCCGGCGCACAGCCACUGUGCGACCCCGACCUCCGGGUAUUCGGCGGCGCCGGCGCAGGCCGCCUGCAGCAACCCGCUGGCCUACCGCCAGCCCACCGCCUACCAGCAGCAGUGCUCCGGCUACCUCCCGCUGCAGGGCCGCGCCUGGUAGAAGUUCCCACAGCUUUACCACGAGACAAUGUUCAAGGAGGAAAUGUACUUCGAUUAGAUCCGAAGCCGCGGUUUGAAUCUUACAACAAAUUUAGUGCAAUUUUUAUUUCAUAGAUUGGUACAGAUAUUAGAAAUAUAAAAAUAGAAGACCGUCUUUGGUUUGUCCAUUAUGAAUUGAAUGGGUUAAGCUG